AAUUUGUGUUAUUCCGUCAUUUACUAAAAUCACAGUUCGGUGAUGACAUAUGUAUUUAUUUACCUUUUAAUUUGAUUGGUCGGAAGAAAUAUGAAAGUCUAGUUUUUGUUUAAUCCAUCAAACGGUAUAACGAGAGUACAACUGUGUGUUAUCGAAGUCGAAUAUUGCGAGUGUCAGCUGAACACAGCAUUAGCCUUCGGUUGUCUGUGAACUAAGCAGCUGUCACAUUUGUGUGUGGGCACCCAGCUAAGGACCCGUACUCUUACUUUAAGAGGCUCUGCCACCAUGGCACGUGGGCAUCAAAAGAUUCAGUCUCAGCAGAAAAAUGCCAAGAAACAGGCAGAAAUGAAGAAGGCCAAGGGUCAUGAUCAGAAGACGGCAGCUAAGGCCGCGCUGGUGUUUACCUGCGCUGUGUGCCGGUCCCAGAUGCCUGACCCAAAAACCUUCAAGCAGCACUUCGAGAGCAAGCACCCGAAAUCCCCUCUGCCCCCUGAGCUAGAAGGAGUGGAGGCAUAAACAGUCACCCUGGACACCAAACUGAGUUCUUCAAGGCCCUGCACCACCUCUGCACUUGUCUCAGUCUGACAGCAAUGGAUGAUUUGAUGUUAACAACACAAAGCCAUUAUCUUCAUUUAGGCAUUAACAGACCAGGUUGCCCUUGAUGCAAUCCUUCCUCCCAUCCAGUCCUGUUUUUGUUGUGUUUGAAUACACAAGGGGAUAAACCCACAUGCUGGUUUUGAUUUCAGUCGGUCACUGACAACCUUUAUAAUCCAAGCGGUGAAUGAAAACUUCCUCAGAACAAACUACGCACUGCCCACAACGUGUUGUGCACAUAGGAAUAUUUCUUGCUGCUAGCUCUUGUACCUCUUUAUCUGAAGCUUUAACGGAUUGAGUCUCUGAUUAAACUUUUAUAGCCAGCAUGCCACAUGAGGUAAACACACAGUGUCCUUACAAAGCACGAAUUUGGAUUGGAAUGGGAUAUAGUCAAAAUGUUUUAAUCCUAAUUUUUAGUUUGUUGCAAAUGUUUCUUCAUCUGUUUUAUUAGUUUAAUUUGGCUUUGAAUGUUAAGUAUUCAACAAAAUGGAGGCAGCAAGAUUUUUUUUUUCCUUAAUAUCAGUUCCUCCACGGCACUGUCCGCCCUGUUGUACUGCAAUCUUUCAUCUAGUUAAUUUUAUGUUGGAUCAUAAAAAUGUGAAAUUUUGCCAGCCAUUUCCAAGCUGCUACAUUAAUUGCAAGUUAGUAAAAUUUAAGGGGACUUGUCAACAAGAUUUGUAUGCUUGGAAAAUGAAUUUAUGCUCCAAUGAUGUAUUAUAAAGUUUUAUUAAAUUUUACUUUGUUGUA